GUGUAAGGCAGAGUCAAUGACUAUGGACGUAUGCUUUAGGUAUGCUAUGGAAAGCAAAUUUCUAUUAUUCCCCACACCACACGGUUUAUGCAGAGAAAAUUUGCCUAUCUUGAUUUUUUUUUUUCCACGGCCUCACUCUGGACCACUUGUAAUUGAAUAGUAUGUGGAAAUUCAGAAUCCAAGCGAGUGUUGCUUUCUUUGGUGAACCAUGGAUGACUUGCUGCAGUGCACGACAGCUAGUCAACUCUUGAAAUUACGUAUUCCAGAACAGGGCACCGGCAAAAGGGUGAUUGAGUUGGGGUCACGGCUCUCCCCCGAAGGAAAUCAAAGUUCAUGGGCAUCAAGUUCCGGCCAUUUUGCUUUUGGCUUUUACUCACAAGGUGAUGGCUUUGCAGUUGGAAUAUGGCUGGUUAAUGUUAGUCCAGCUGAAAAUACUAUUGUCUGGACUGCUAACCGUGACAGCCCCCCACUCUCCUCUAAUUCAACGUUGCAGUUGACCAAGACUGGCCUUUUGUUUUUCCAAGAUGGACGCCAAGGCCAAGUUCUCCUUUCAAAUUUUGUUGACGUAACUUCUUCGGCAUCUAUGCUUGAUUCUGGCAACUUUGUACUCUAUGAUGAUACCCACAACACUGUUGUCUGGCAAAGCUUUGAGCAUCCAACUGACACCAUAUUAGGAGGUCAGAAUUUAAGUAUAAAUGCCAAACUGGUUUCUAGUGUGUCCAAUUCAAGUCAUUCGAGUGGACGUUUCUUUCUCCUCAUGCAAGGUGAUGGAAACCUCGUUGCUUACCCUGUGAACAGCCCAGAAACUGGCGGUGAUGCUUACUGGGCUUCAAAUACUAGAGGUUCAACAUUCCAACAUCUCAGUCUUAAUGUCUUGGGCUUUCUCUGUCUUAGUGGUCCUGGAAAUCUUCACUGUUUUUUUAACCAUAGCGUUAGCCCUGGAAUGAAAUCACAGAACAAAACUUCAAUCUACCGUUCAACUGUUGAUGUAGACGGGAACUUGAGAUUGUACGAGCACCAAUUAGAGGGCAAUGGUAGCUCACAUGUCCAAGUACUGUGGAGCACCCCACUUAAGAAAUGUGAAACCAAGGGGUUUUGUGGCUUCAACAGUUACUGCUCCAUCGUAACAGGUCAUGCCAUGUGCGAAUGUUUUCCUGGUUUCGUCCCAUCCAAAAGCAACGGUAACGUGUCUCUAGAUUGCGUACUGGCCCAUAGCAAGGGUAGUUGCAAAAGCAGCGAAGAUGCAAUGAUUUCGUAUAAAAUUACUAUGUUGGAGAAUAUGUCUUUUAGUGAUAGUGAUGAUCCAUAUUGGGAUAGCCAGAUGAAGAAAGAGGAGUGCGAGAAGUCUUUCCUGGAAGAUUGUGAUUGCAUGGCAGUAUUAUAUUUGAACGGUAAUUGCAGAAAAUACAGACUUCCGCUAACAUAUGGAAGAACGAUUCAAAAUCAAGUGGCCGUGGCCCUCUUCAAGGUGCCUUCAGGAAUUGUGGAUAGUUCAACUCCAAACAACUCCACACUCAAGCCUAGGAUCAUCGUCGAUAACAAGAAAAGACUGGUAAUGGUUCUUGCCAUUACUUUGGGUUGCCUUUUAUUGUUAUCUUUGGCCUUGGCAGGGUUCAUUUUCCUCAUUUAUAAGCGGAAAGUUUACAAGUACACAAAGUUGUUUAAGAGUGAGAAUCUGGGAUUUACUAAAGAAUGUUCUUUGCAUCCGUUUUCUUUUGAUGAACUUGAAAUAUCCACUCGAAGCUUCACAGAGGAGAUAGAGAGAGGGUCCUUUGGAGCGGUUUAUAGAGGCACAAUUGGUGACACUAACACAAGUAUCGCCGUCAAGAGAUUAGAGACAAUUGCUGAUGAAGGGGAGAGGGAAUUUCGAACUGAAAUUACUGCCAUUGCUCGAACACAUCAUAAGAAUUUGGUGAAGCUCAUUGGUUUUUGCAUCAAUGGAGCUAGGAAGCUUCUUGUUUAUGAAUAUGUCAGCAACGGGUCUCUUGCAAGUCUUCUCUUCAAUGAUGAGAAGCACAUGUCUUGGAGAGACAGACUAAAAAUCGCCUUGGAUGUUGCUAGAGGAGUCCUAUAUCUACAUGAAGAGUGUGAGGUCCGUAUUAUCCAUUGCAGUAUAAAUCCUCGAAAUAUACUUAUGGAUGAAGUAUGGACUGCAAAGAUCUCUGAUUUUGGAUUGGCAAAGCUACUGAAGCUUGACCAUUCAAGAAUGAAAAAUGAGGAUGAUGAGACAAGCAAGUACUUGGCACCUGAAUGGCAGAAGGAUGCACCAAUAUCAGUAAAAUUUGACAUUUACAGUUUUGGGAUGGUACUACUGGAGAUUGUCUGCCGCAGACGCAGCAUAGAAAUGAAUGUUUCCUCAGUGGAGGAGAUACAUCUUUCCAGCUGGGUAUAUCAAUGCUUUGCAGCAGGGCAAUUAAAUAAGCUUGUUAAAGAAGAUGAAGGUACUGUAGAUUGGAGGAUACUGGAAAGAAUGGUGAAGGUGGGGUUGUGGUGUGUGCAAGACAGUCCACCUCUUCGUCCUUCAAUCAAGAACGUCAUCUUGAUGUUGGAAGGAUUGAAAGAUAUUCCAAUUCCUCCCCCUCCAGCCGAGACCUCCUUAAAUAAAUAUUCUUAGGAACAUGUUAUUACAUUGUUCAGGGGGAUUUCGUUGUACACUACUAUAGUUUCAUUUUCAUCUUGCUUUGUUGUUCAGGUUGUUCUUGUUAUUGAAUUAUAUCAAAAGCUAGCUUGCUUUGUACUUGCCACCAUGAAAGUUCAUGUAAUAAAAGACUAAAUAUUUCCACGGUA